AGAAACAAAUCACCACCACCACCACCACCACCACCACCACCACCACCACCACCACCAAACAACCAUAUUCAAUCAUCCAAUCAUGCAUUUUUUGGGGAUUCCCACAUUUAUUUCAGAGGUCGCCUGCCCAAAAGAAUAAACUCGUGAUGAAAGUAUUCACUAAAGGUGUAACACAUUUUUGGGGUUUUAGUGCAGUUCAUUCACCAUGUUCUGCCAGCUCUAGUAUCCAUAAAAAGAAAAAAAAACCUUCUUCGUAAGGCAUGACGUAAUCGCUAAACCAGUCCACAUAAAAGCAGCUCCAUACCCUACAAUUUGAACGCCACUUCUCACUCUCAACUCUAAAACACUAAAGCAAUGUCCGCCGCCGGCCAACAUAUUCUGGUGUAUCCGUUUCCGACGUCCGGCCAUUUCAUCCCUUUCCUCGACCUUACUCACCGUUUACUCAAUCGCCGCCUAACUGUCACUGUAUUGGUCACACCCAACAACCUCCAUCUCCUCGACCCGCUCCUGACCCGCCAUGCUUCCUCUUCACUCCAUCACCUGCUUCUCCCCGACAUGGACCCAUUGCCAGCACCCAACCUCCCCGCUAGAUUGCGCCGCUUGCGUGACCUUCACUAUCCUGCUCUGCUCCAAUGGUUUCAGUCCUUAACUUCUCCCCCUGUUGCUAUUUUUUCCGAUUUCUUCCUUGGAUGGACUCAGAGUCUCGCUUCCGAGUUAGGCCUACGACGGAUUGUCUUCUCGCCCUCCAGUUCCUUCAGCUACUCUUUGAACAUGUCGUUGUGUCGGGAAUCACUGAGGAUCGAUGAUCCCCAGGCCGAAAAGCAAACGUUAUCGUUUCCGGAUAUCCCUAAUUCUCCUAAAUACCCGGCCUAUCAAAUCAACUCGAUUUACAGGACAUACAAAGAUGCCGACCCAGACAAGGAAUUCUACAGGAGAAACUGGCUCCAGAAUCUGGAGAGUUGGGGGGUCGUUUUCAACACCUUCUCUGACUUGGAGGCCAUUUACAUUGACCACUUGAAGAAAGAGAUCAUGGGUCAUGAUCGGAUUUGGGCGGUUGGGCCCGUACUGGGAGACGAUGGCUUGGACACCACCAAUCGCGGUGGGUCUAGUUCGGUGCCAUUUCAGGAGCUGGUGGCGUGGUUGGAUUCACGGGACGACAACUCCGUCGUCUACGUAUCUUUUGGGAGUCACUACGUGUUGACACUUAAGCAAAUGGAUGUGGUGGCGUCCGGGCUCGAGGAAAGUGGGGUCAACUUCGUUUGGUCCGUAAGGGAACCCAAGGCCUCGCAAGUCUCGCGCGACCACGGCGUGAUUCCGGAUGGAUUUGAGGAUCGUGUGGCGGGAAAAGGGUUUUUAAUCAAAGGGUGGGCGCCCCAACUGGCGGUUCUUCGACACCGAGCCGUGGGGGCUUUUUUGACACACUGCGGCUGGAAUUCGACAUUGGAAGGGAUUGCCGCCGGGGUGGUUAUGCUGACAUGGCCGAUGGGUGCAGACCAGUUUACGAAUACCAAGUUGUUGGUUGAUGAAUGUGGGGUGGGAAUACGAGUGGGUGAGUCGACUCAAAACAUACCAGAGUCAAGCACGUUGGCUCGAAUGUUGGUGGAGUCACUCGAUGGGAGCAGAGCAGAGAGGAGUCAAGCCAAGAUGUUGAGUGAGGAAGCCCUGAAUGCAGUCAAUGGUGGAACUUCAGACAACGAUUUGGGUUCCUUAGUUAAAGCGAUUAAUGAAAUAAAACCCUCUACAGGAAGCAAUAAAAUCUGACCGGAUCACCUGUCCUGUUUCAUAAAAAACUCACUCUUAUCCAAAUUUAAUUGAUUCGUUUGAUGUUAUGAGUCAGCAACACAAUUACUACAAUAAAGCUGCUCCUGUUCACGUCUUUA